AUAUUAAUGGUUUUCAUCAGUGUUAUGUCACUGACUAAUUAAUGGUAUGUAAGUUUUUCAAAUUUAUGAUGGUCAAUGUUCAUAUUAAGAUUACUUCGUCAUAGUCUAUCCUGCGAAUAAAGCCAACCCAUCAAUAUAAGGUGGAUUAUAUUAAUUGAAAAAAAUAAUUGAAAAAGUUACAAAAUACAUGUUUUUGGUAUUGUUAUAUCUUGUUACGUUGGCUGAGGAACUAAGCAUAUUUAUAAAGGUACUAAAUGUGUGUUCAACUACUGCUGAAGUGGCUGGUAUGGAUAUAAUGUUAACAGCAAUUUUAGAAAGCUCAGUAUCACAACAAUAUGCUGCCCACCCACCAAUCUAUUGGAUUUGUUUCUUCAGCAGCAACCCAAAGAAAACAAAUCCCAUGGCUACUUGCGACGUAUGUGUCCAUUUGUCCGACAUAAUGACGCCUCGGUCGUUUUCCACGUUACUGACAACCUUAAUGAAGUAUCUGGUUUACGAGAAACAGCUCAUACCUUAUCCGUACGACCGUUUGAAGUUGUACGUCAAAAAGUAUAACGAGCUACAGUUAGAGGGAAACAGUCAUUGUAACAUAAAGAAAAAAUAUAAACUAGAAUCCGACAAGUAUUAUAAAAAAGUGUCGGACACUAUAAAUGCGUUGGAGACUGUGUUUAAGUGUAUUGAAAAUGAAUUUCUCAGUCGCAUGACGAAUCACAUUGAAACGGUAGUGAUUCUAAUCGGAUCCAACGUUCUAAAUCCGCUGACCGUCUUCAAUAUCCACGUGCCGGAAUUGAGUUACUCGCACAGCGACAAGCAACAUUCUUCGAGGCAACACAUCGACAAUGUCUUCAGGAGCAUAUUGAACAACGACAAGUUCAACGAAAUACUGACGUCGAACAUAAUGGUCGAAACCAACUUGUACGUCAUGUUCAAAGUGAAAAAGGGCGAAACGAUGGUGUCCGAUUGGUGUGUACCUAAAGAGCAAUUUCGAUGUUUACGAGGCAAACAAGUGAUGUUACGGUUUGACGCGCUGUCCACCGUGUCCGACUCGAAUUCCAAGGAGAACUGUCGCCUGCGGUGUAGCAAAGAUUGUUUAGUAGACGAAAUUCCGCUAAUAGUAGACAUGGCCGACGACAAACUAGGUCCACGGCAUAUCGUCGACGACGACGCGUACAAAGACAGUUGCUGCGUGGACUGGUACUUAGGUAAACACCACGUUACGGGUUUCAAAAAUUACAAGUACAACGGCGUUCCCAUAUCUGACACGUGGUUAAAUCCCAACAUAAUCGACAGGAUGGUUUCCUGAUUUGACGUUGACGUUGGACCGCAUGCACGCGAUGCACACUUUCUAGCCAAUUGAAAAUAGAAAAACAAACUUUGACCGAAAAACUGGUUGAUUUUAUUUUUUUAUUUUUCCCAGGAUUUGUUUUUCGUAGAUAUUUAUUCUUUUAAAUUGAAACUGUUAUUCUUUCGCCGAUUGAUUAACAAUACUUGUUUGUCGUUUUUUUAUGAUUCGAUUGUGCCGCUUUAAAAUUAUUAUUACUUUUUUUUUAUACUAGAUUCUUGACUACCAAAUGGAUAUAAAUUAUGUUGAACAAUAAUUUUCUAUUUUACUUAUAACGACAAUCGAUAAAAUAUAUUUCUUUCAUUUGUGGAAACAAAUAUUAUUAUCAUUGAAUAAAC